AUGUCAUAACAUCAUCGUCAGAUAUUUGCAUAAUACUAAGCUUUUUCCUCUUUGGGAGAAUUUUAGUUGACAGUUUGCGUGCAGUCCUCAUAUUUAACAUGUCACUGUCAAGAUGGUAGCAGGUAAGGAUAAUAGGAAUUGGAAUAAAGGUGAACACUUAGAUGUUUUUUUGCGAUUCUUAUUUCAUUUUAUAGUCUUGGUGGCUGCCUUUCUUGAACAAUGAAUGACGAGGAAAAUGUGGAAAAACUUGGUGAAGAGCUGUACAGUCGAAUUUAUAAACAACACAAAGACACUGCAGGGAAACUGACUGGCAUGUUAUUGGAACUACCUUUUGCGGUCUUGGUUCAGUUGCUCCAGGAUGAAGCUAUGCUGACUGCUGCAGUAGACAAGGCUUUCAAAGCCCUCCAGGAGGCAACCAAACCUAGCCAAAUAAAACUCAUUGUUGAAGAUGAUCUCUCUACAUCCUCUGAUUCGCUGGGAGAACAACUUUUUGAGUUGGUGGAGCUUUACAACACAGGCUACUCACAGAAAAUCACAGGGAUGCUUUUGGAGCAGCAAAAAGAUGUAGUGGUAAGCCUCCUUUCAAAUCCAUCACUGCUUGAAGAGCAAGUGAACCAAGCUCUUGAGACACUAAAAAAAGAAACAGUCAGAGGUCUCAAUGACUCUUUAGAUGUUGAGGACCCGGAGGAGUUUGGCGAGAGACUCUAUUCCGCUGUACAAAAGAUAAAUCAAGAUCAUGCAAAUGACAUAACAGGCAUGUUGCUGGAAAUGGAUCACACUGCUCUUCAUCAGCUGUUGUGUGAUAAUAUGUUGGAAGCUGCUGUUCAAAAAGCACUAUCUGCACUGGGAAUUAAUUCAACUGAACACAAAUAGUGAGGAAAUGAAUCAGGAUCAGCUGAUGCUUUUUAUGUGGUGAUGAGGAUAUUUGUACUUUUCCGAGAAACUGUUCUAUACAUUACUAGAUUGGUUAAUUACCAAAAUGGGUAUAGAUUUGAUACAGCCAUUAAUAGAUGACACCAACUCCAGUUUCAUUGAAAGUGCUACAGAGCUUAAAAAUACAUUUUAUUUGCAUUCAUUUAGUCUGUUUUAUAUCAUAUAUAUACACAAGUAAUUCAAACAUUGGUUAAAAAUACAAAUUUGGACAAAAAUGGUCUAAUUUAGAGUCUGUUCUUUUAACUUGCACAAAUUUAUUAAAAACUAAUUAUCUUGUGAA